UUGGAGUUUGACCUGCGUGGAGGCUCUCCCAGAAGCAGGCACCCAGGACUGAGGGCCACCACUGUCCCCUGACACUCUACUGCACAGGGAGAGGGGCCCGGGAUCUCCCUUCUUAGAUCCUUCUCGGCCUCUUUCUACCUCUGAAAGCCUCGACAGACCUCAAGACGGUGCACCUGCAUCUCAAGCAAGGGCUGAGAGGGCUGAUUCAGGACCAUGGAGAGCGGCAGCAGCGCGCAGCCUCCCCAGUUGGAUCCCCUGGAGCCGUUUCCCCAGAACGCCUUGGAGCCAGGUGACAUCGCUGUGCUGGUUUUAUACUUCCUCUUUGUCCUGGCUGUUGGACUAUGGUCCACUGUGAAGACCAAAAGAGACACGGUGAAAGGCUACUUCUUGGCGGGAGGAGACAUGGUGUGGUGGCCAGUGGGGGCAUCUUUGUUUGCCAGCAACAUUGGAAGUGGACAUUUCAUUGGCUUGGCAGGGUCAGGAGCAUCUGUGGGCAUCUCUGUCGCUGCUUAUGAGUUUAAUGGCUUAUUCUCUGUGCUGAUGUUGUCCUGGAUCUUCCUUCCCAUCUACAUCGCUGGCCAGGUCACCACGAUGCCUGAAUACCUGAGGAAGCGCUUUGGUGGCAACAGGAUUUCUAUCACCCUGGCUGUGCUCUACCUGUUUAUCUACAUCUUCACCAAGAUCUCGGUGGACAUGUAUGCAGGCGCCAUUUUUAUUCAGCAGUCUUUGCACCUGGAUUUGUACCUGGCUGUUGUCGGGCUGCUGGCCAUCACAGCUCUAUACACUGUCGCAGGUGGCCUGGCCGCUGUGAUCUACACCGAUGCUCUGCAGACUGGGAUUAUGCUUCUAGGAGCAUUCACCUUGAUGGGCUACAGUUUUUCUGCAGUUGGGGGAAUGGAAGGCCUGAAGGAAAAGUACUUCUUGGCCCUGGCUAGCAACCAGAGUGUGAACAGCAGCUGUGGGCUGCCCCGGGAGGAUGCCUUCCAUAUCUUCCGAGAUCCAGUGACGUCUGACCUCCCAUGGCCGGGGAUUCUGUUUGGAAUGUCCAUCCCAUCUCUGUGGUACUGGUGCACGGAUCAGGUGAUUGUUCAGCGCAGUCUGGCUGCCAAGAACCUGUCUCAUGCCAAAGGAGGAUCCCUGAUGGCCGCUUACCUGAAGGUUCUUCCCCUUUUCCUAAUGGUGUUCCCUGGUAUGAUCAGCCGCAUCCUCUUUCCAGAUCAAGUGGCCUGUGCUCACCCAGAAAUCUGCCAGAAAGUCUGUAGCAACCCCUCUGGCUGCUCUGACAUCGCAUAUCCCAAACUCGUGCUAGAGCUCCUGCCCACAGGACUCCGUGGGCUCAUGAUGGCUGUGAUGGUGGCUGCUCUCAUGUCCUCCCUCACCUCCAUCUUUAACAGUUCCAGCACCAUCUUCACCAUGGACCUGUGGAAUCACAUCCGGCCACGGGCAUCUGAGAGGGAGCUCAUGGUGGUGGGCAGGAUAUUUGUGCUUCUACUGGUGGUGGUCUCCAUUCUCUGGAUCCCUGUGGUCCAGGUCAGCCAAGGAGGCCAACUUUUUAUCUACAUCCAGUCCAUCAGCUCCUACCUGCAGCCACCCGUGGCUGUGGUCUUCAUUAUGGGCUGCUUCUGGAAGCGGGCUAAUGAAAAGGGUGCCUUUUCAGGCCUGAUCUUAGGCCUGCUCCUGGGCUUGAUCAGAUUGGUCCUGGACUUUAUCUACCCUGAGCCUCGUUGUGACCAGCCGGAUGAGCGCCCCGCUGUGGUGAAGUACAUCCACUACCUCUACUUCUCUAUGAUUCUGUCUGCGGCCACCCUGAUCACUGUAACCACCGUGAGCUGGCUCACAGAGUCACCCUCCAAGGAGAUGGUCAGUCACUUGACCUGGUUUACUCGUCAUGACGCUGUGGUCCAGAAGGAGCAGGUGCCGCCAGAAAUCCCGCUGCCUCCUACUGUCUCUCAGAAUGGGACUCCAGAAGCCACCAGCACCAGCAUCCAGUUUGAGAUUGUUCAAGAAAACAUAUCCAAAAACCACAACUGUGAUGCAACCCCAAAGCAGUCCAAAGUGGUGAAUGCCAUCUUGUGGCUCUGUGGGAUGGAGAACAAGGGCAAAGAGGCACCCCCAAGCAAAGUGCAACCUCUCCUAAUUUCCUUGGAGGAAAGCCCCAUGGUGAAAACCCUUCUGGACAUCAACUGUAUUGUCUGCAUUACCUGCGCCAUCUUCCUCUGGGGCUACUUUGCUUAAUGCAAGGAACCCAAGUGUCUAUGUUUUAAUAAUAUUUUUUAAUGAAAGAAAUAAUAAUAAACCUUUUGUUUACUAUGAGA